AUGGGUGCGCAGGGCCCUGCUGUGUCUGCAGGUGCACAGGGCCAUGCUGUCUCUGCAGGUUGCAGGGCCAUGCUGUCUCCUGCAGGGGUGUGCAUGGCCAUGCUGUGUCUGCAGGUGUGCAGGGGCCAUGCUGCGUCUGCAGUAUACAGGGCCAUGCUGCGUCUGCAGGUGCACAGGGCCAUGCUGUGUCUGCAGGUGUGCAGGGGCCAUGCUGCGUCUGCAGGUAUACAGGGCCAUGCUGCGUCUACAGGUGUGCAGGGCCAAUGCGGCGUCUGCAGGUGUGCAGGGGCCAUGCUGCGUCUGCAGGUGCUGCAGGGCCAUGCUGUGUCUGCAGGUAUGCAGGGGCCAUGCUGUGUCGCAGGUGUGCAGGGCCAUGCUGUGUCUGCAGGUGCUGCAGGGGCCAUGCUGUGUCUGCAGGGCUGCAGGGCCAUGCUGUGUCUGCAGGUGCUGCAGGACCAGUGCUGUGUCUGCAGGUAUAGCAGGGGCCAUGCUGUGUCUGCAGCUGGUCUGCAGUACACACUGGAACCCUGGAGAAGCAGGCUAACUCCAGUGAAGGAAUGGACUUGCCAGCAGAGAGCAGGGGCAAGCAGGGCAAAGAGCAGAGCUUCCUCCAUGGCCUUUAAUAGAGGCGUGCCACCAGAAGGUGUUGGCCAGAUUCUUCUCACCCGACCUCAAAUAUCUGGAUUUAGGGGAAGGGAGAGGUUCCGGUGCUACAUAGACCUGUUGGCCUCUGACAUUGAGGAAGGCUGUAGACAAGAGACUGAAGCUACAAAGGAAAGUUCUCAUGCUGGGGCUACCAUGGGGAAACUGGGCCUCCUGGCCUCUGUGAACAAGAGAGAAGAAACUGCAAGGCCACAGCGCGCAGGCUUCUUUGUCAACUGUCCAGGGACUGGGGAACAUGACCUGAUUCUGGGCAAGAGAGGGGCAUUUGACCUUGUCUGUGCCAUGCCUGGAGUUGGGACCUCACCCACCAUCCUGAACCUUGGCUUCCUGGCUGGGGCAUUCACCUUGGGCUAUGCAGCAGACAGUUAUGGCAGGAUACUCAUUUACUUAAUAUCCUGUUUCGGUGUUGGCGUCACAGGGGUCGUGGUGGCAUUUGCAACCAAAUUUUCCGUGUUUGUCAUCUUCCGCUUCCUGCAAGGCGUGUUUGGAAAGGGGGCGUGGAUGACCUGCUUCGUGAUUGUGACUGAGAUAGUAGGUUCAAAACAAAGGAGGAUUGUGGGAAUCGUGAUCCAGAUGUUCUUCACGCUUGGAAUAAUCCUCCUCCCUGGAAUUGCCUACUUUACCCCCAGCUGGCAGGGCAUUCAGCUUGCCAUCUCGCUCCCCAGCUUCCUCUUCCUCCUCUAUUACUGGGUAGUUCCUGAAUCUCCCCGCUGGCUGAUCACCCGGAAGCAAGGGGAAAAAGCUUUGAAGAUCCUGAGACAUGUGGCUAAGUGCAAUGGGAAAUACCUCUCACCAAAUUACUCGGAGAUCAUGGUUACAGACGAAGAAGUUAGCAACCCAUCCUUUCUAGACCUUGUGAGGACUCCCCAGAUGAGGAAGUGCACACUCAUUCUGAUGUUUGCUUGGUUCACAAGUGCCGUGGUGUAUCAAGGACUCGUCAUGCGCCUGGGAAUCGUCGGAGGCAACCUCUACAUCGACUUCUUCAUCUCGGGACUUGUGGAGCUGCCUGCAGCCCUCUUGAUCCUUCUGACCAUAGAGCGUCUUGGACGACGCCUUCCCUUCGCAGCAAGCAAUAUAGUGGCUGGGGUGGCGUGCCUGGUCACUGCGUUCUUACCAGAAGGGAUACCAUGGCUAAGGACCACAGUUGCUACCCUAGGAAGACUCGGGAUAACCAUGGCCUUUGAAAUUGUUUAUUUGGUAAAUUCAGAGUUGUACCCUACAACAUUAAGGAACUUUGGGGUUUCGCUCUGCUCAGGCUUGUGUGACUUUGGGGGGAUCAUAGCUCCAUUUCUACUCUUCCGACUAGCAGCUGUGUGGCUAGAACUACCUCUGAUCAUCUUCGGCAUCCUGGCAUCUAUCUGUGGAGGCCUCGUGAUGCUUUUGCCUGAAACCAAGGGCAUCGCCUUGCCCGAGACAGUGGACGACGUGGAAAAGCUUGGCAGCUCACAGUUGCAUCAGUGUGGCAGGAGAAAGAAAACCCAGGUCUCCAAUUCUAACGUCUGAGGUCCCUACAUCGCCUGGAGGGCUGGAGCUGUGUGGGUACCACCCACAGCCAGGAGAAGCCGAGCCUGGGGGAAUAAUACGCCUGUGUGGUGCGCGUCAACUCCUCCUGGUGACGCCUUUCCAAGGAACCUUAAAGCCAGAGUAUUUUGUAUGGUAUAGGACGGAUAAGGUUUGUCAUGCUACCCAAGCUUCUGGGAACACGCAAUCUUUGACCUGUCUUGCAAAGCGCCUAUAGGUACACAGAUUCUGCGUAGGCUUUCUUUUGUCGGGAGCAUUGGCUCUGACCCAUUGGGUUAAGGGAAGAUGGUUCUCAGGAUAGCCCCAUCCAGGAGGCAGGAUGAACAAACCGAGGAUCGGCACGUGCACAGAAAUGUGCUCAGCUGAUUCUAUCAAGUCAGCAGUGAGCUGUGUUUCGAAAGUCUGAGAACUGCUAUUCCUGCUUCCCCUGUACUCCAAAACACACACCUUCACCGAGCCAACAUGUCAGGUGUUGUGUCCCCAUGUCCCGUGUGGUCCCCCACCCCUUCUGCCUUCUACAGCCUUGAGGUUCCAGGCCCCAGACUAAGCACAGUUCCCUAAAUAAUAAUAAUAAUAAAUACGGACAAAUCACACAUCUGUGAGAACCUGGCUGUAUUCGUAUACAGUUAUAAUGGGGUCCUGAGACCCCUGAUAUUUUGUGUUCUCCUUCAGUGGACCCUUGUAAUCACAGACUCUUUACUAAGGAAGAAUAAAACAUGGAUUAUGA